AUGAACUCAACUCACUUCAACACCUUUUGGAAAGUCCAGACAAUUGAGACCACGGAUGGGGCCCGAGACGGUCCCCCAAAACAAACUUUCGGGGCCUCGGAAUCUGCAUAUCUUGCAGGAAUUCCCAGCCCGAGCGGAAAAGAGACAGAUACUCGCAAAGUACUCAGGACCAGAGAUGAGAGGCCGCGCGAGGGGGCCCUGGCCGAGGGGGUCCCAGGCGGAGCCCCUACCCGCGCGCCCAGCUCGCCGGGCCCCCGCUCCGGCCUCCCGCCAACCCCCGGCGCGCUGCGAGGUCGCGGCCCGGAACGCCGGCCAGAGUCGGUUCGGGCCACGCGGCCCGCGAGCCCCGUUGAACCGAGACCCAGGCCGGGCGGGAGCUGCAGAAGCAGACCCGGCUGCUCGGCGGCCGCGCGCAGCUUCGGGGUUGUGCGCGAUCGGGGUGCGGCGCUGCCCCCCCAACUCGGCCACCGGCCCAGACUUACCUCGGCCGCGCUCCCCUGUGCGGCUCGAGCCGGGCACCGGGCUCCGGGGACGGCGGGGAGAAGGAGUCGAGGCCCGCGAGGGACGGGGGCCGGGCCGCCCGGGCCGCCGGGGGGCAGAGCGAGGGACCGGGAAGGCCGCGGGGUCCGGGACGCGAGGCAGCUGGGGGCCGAGCUGGCGGCGGCUCGGUCUCAGUCGAGUGGGAGGGCUCCGGCUGCCCGCGCCGGGGAGCGAGGGAGGGAACUUGGAGCGAGUUGCCGCGGCCGGGAGCGCGUGUCCCCGCCGGUGUGCACGCCCCCGAGCGCCCCGCCCCCGGCCCCACCCCUCCCGCAACCCCCCUUCUAG